AUGUCAGAUCAGAUGGACAUCGGCAGUAACAGCCUGACAUCGUCGGCAAAGACCUCCAAUUCACUCGCAACGAAAAUUACAGCUGUUCUCUCUACAUCUUUUUCUGAUACAGAGUUUCGUGAAGCCCUCGCCUUGCUUGACCAUCAAGGUUGGGCAAACGAUGCGAAGAACCGGAGACGGAUCAGGAUUAAUCGUCAGAAAGCUGUUAUAGACAGCAACGGGAUUGUGAUUGACAAUUUUAGCCGAGUCUCAGAGCAACUACAUCGUGUGAGGUCCAUACUCGAAACACUGAAAGCGGAGUAUGAAGACAUCAAGACUCAAGUAGCCCUGGCUCAAUCAGAGAUGUCACCUACGCUCUGCGAAGCCGCAUCCCUGUUAGAGACGCGUGAAGAAGUUUCCGUAAAGCAGGGCGUUUUAUCAGCAUUUAAGGAGUAUUUUCUUCUGAGCGAACCAGAGCUAGUGGCAUUGACAUCAACUGCCGAGCCUGUCGACGAGCGGUUUUUCGAGGCUCUGUCCAAGGCACGGAAGAUCAGUAAGGAUUGCGAGAUUCUACUGGGGCUUCAGCAGCAGACAUUUGGCCUAGAUUUAAUGGAACAGACAUCUAAACAUAUCAAUUUCGGAUUUCAGAAAUUAUACAAAUGGACUCAGAGAGAGUUCAAGACAUUGAACCUUGAGAAUCCACAGAUGAAUACGUCUAUUCGACAAGCUCUGAGAGUCUUGGCAGAGCAGCCGUCACUUUUUCAAAGCUGCCUCAGCUUCUUCGCAGAAACGAGAGAACGCAUCCUUUCGGAAGCGUUCCAUACCGCGUUGACUGGCAUAACUUCUCAUGGCGUCAAUGAUGCUUCUAUCAAACCGAUUGAUAUUGCAGCGCAUGAUAUGUUACGUUACGUGGGAGACAUGCUAGCGUGGGUGCACUCAGCCACCGUAAGCGAGCGCGAGGCUCUCGAGGUCCUAUUCAUCUCAGAGGGUGAAGAGCUUGCCAAGGGCCUAAGAAAAGGCAGGGAUGCGGAGAUUUGGCGCCUCGUCGCAGACGAUGACGACAAAGUUCGCGAGUUUGAUGCUCUUGGGGCCCUCAAUGAUCUGGUUGACAGAGACGUCGCUGGAGUUACAAGGCUGGUUCGCCAGCGCGUGGAGCAGGUAGUCCGCGCGAACGAAGAGAUUUUACCGGCAUACAAACUUGCAACUCUCCUUAGCUUCUAUGGUCUAACGUUUGAAAAGCUGCUCGGGUCGGCUUCGUUCCUGUACGAGUGUAUCCACGGUUUAGAGGCGCAGGCUUUUCGGCAGUUCCGGUCUUUACUCAAAGAUAAUAUCGCUACCAUGCAGACAGGCUCUGAAAACAUCCCCGUAAAUCUUUCGCCACCACUAUUCUUCAAUGAUGCAUUGGAUCAACUCGAUGCCAUUAUGCAUACGUACGACUCCUCGUUAUCCUCGACUGAUGCUCGUGAAGAUGAGGUUCAAAGCAUUUUGGCGGACGCCCUCGAACCAUUCAUAUAUGCGUGUAACAACAUGGCGAGGUCGAUGACUCCGCUGGAGGCGGCAAUAUUUACUAUCAAUUUCAAUAUUGCUGUCUCCAAAUGUCUUACCAAAUUCGAAUUCGCAAAGAAACGAGUGGAACAAAUUCGAUGCAACAUCCAAGAAGCAUUUGCAAGUAUUGUGCAAAGUCAACUCGAGUUCUUCCGAGUUCAAUCUGGGUUGGAAUAUUUGUUCAAUAGCAUCAAUGAUACUCGGAGUGACGACGGCUCUUCUCUAGACGAGGACAUGCUAACCAAAGCCAGUCAACAGUUGGAUGAAUUUCUACCCUCGGCCCUUAUGGAUGCUAUAGAUAGGGUCAAGUAUGUGCAAGACACAACAUUGGCCCGGCAAAUGACUGAGGAAGCUGCAGGCCUGUUCUGCAAGGAAUUCGAGAAACUCGAGCAGGAGAUCGAUAGCAGGGAUUCCAAUUCUACAGUCAGCAACGUGGCCGCUUUGCGAUCGCAGUUUCCCCGUACGUCUACAGAAAUCCGCGUUUUGCUAUCCUGA